AUGUUUAUAUCAAUAACGAUAGUAUUAGUAAAUGUAUUGGCGUUAAGUGUGGCAAAGAAUUUACCACAAGUUGGAGCUAACAAUGCCGAAUUGGGCGCUCAGUAUUGGACCGACUUUUCGCGAAUAGCUUUACAGGAGGCCUAUCAGAGCAAACCUGUGCUAAAUCGGGCCAAAAAUGUGAUACUAUUCCUGGGCGAUGGUAUGGGUGUAUCCACUAUCACUCCCUCCCGUAUACUCAAGGGUCAGCUCAGGAACCACACCGGCGAAGAGGCCAGACUCGCGUUUGACGACUUCCCAUACACUUCCCUUAUAAAGACAUAUAACGUUGACUAUCAGGUGCCGGACAGCGCCGGUACGGCCACGGCAUUCAUGUGCGGCGUAAAGACCAACAAAGGUGUGUUAGGAGUGACAGGUCGGGUGGCUAGGGGUGAAACCGACUGCGAAUUGGUUCACAAAAACAGUGUCUCCUCUAUACUGAAGUGGGCCUUAGAUUCCGGCAGAAGCGCUGGAAUUGUGACCACAACUCGUGUAACACACGCCACACCGGCCGGCGGUUACGCCAGCGUUGCCAAUAGGGAGUGGGAGGCGUGGAUCCCAUACCAGUCAAACACACAGUCUAAUAAGUGCAAAGAUAUUGCCCGACAGCUGGUGGAAAAUGAGCCAGGUGCCAAUCUAAGCGUAAUACUGGGCGGCGGCCGGCGUUACUUCCUGCCCGACCACCAAACCGACGGCCCGAACGGCGAAAAGGGUUUACGAAUCGACGGCCAGAAUAUGAUCGACAAGUGGUUGCAACAGAAACGCGAGUCCGGACUACCGGACCAUCGGUACCGAUACGUCGACAGCCGGCAAAAGUUGGCGGCCGUCGACUAUUCGCGGACCGACUAUCUGUUUGGUCUGUUUAACGGCGACCACAUGUCCUACGAUCGGGAAAGGGAUGCGACGAUCGAGCCGUCCAUUGAGGAGAUGACAGACGCGGCCAUUCGUGUGCUGCGGAAAAAUGCCAAUGGAUUCGUGCUGUUGGUAGAGGGCGGGCGUAUAGAUCACGCCCAUCACGAGAACCACGGCGUUAUGGCCCUCCACGAGACCGUCGCUUUUGAUCGGGCGGUCGAACUGGCCGUACGAUCGGUCAAUUUGGACGAAACACUGGUUGUGGUGACCGCCGAUCACUCGCACUCCCUUACUAUGAAUGGUUACCCCAAACGGGGUACUGAUAUACGGGGCAUAAAUGGCAAUCACGAUGACAAUGGUGUGCCCUUUACAACACUUAUGUACGGAAAUGGACCAGGGUACCAACACGAUCGAGUUGAUCCGUCCACUGUUAACACUAGUAAUAUCUCCGAUUUAAAGUACCGUAAUGUGGCUGCCAUUCCCCUCGUUAGCGCCCAUCACGGGGGCGAAGAUGUUGCCCUGUAUGCAAUUGGUCCGAUGGCGCACCUGUUCCGGGGCACCCAAGAGCAGUCAUAUGUGGCCCACAGCAUGGCGUUUGCCGCCUGUAUCGGUCAGUUCAAGAACUCCGAUUAUGAUCACUGCAACAGAUCCUCGUCCGCCACAAACAUCUCGACAACAUUUUUCUCGUCAUAUCUUAUUAUUUCGUUUAUAUUUAUUUCUUUUCAACUAAUUUAAAAAAUUCUUAAGAUUCUUAUAAUUUAUUUAAUA